AUGGCCAAGAAUUUCAAAAAUAAGAAAGUACAGAAGUCAACAGAAACAAUGGAGCUAGGAAAGGUUUUAUAUAUGUGUCAAGGGCAACCGGUGGUAAAACUGAUGGCAAAAGACAUUCCAUAUCCAAACUCUCCCGUUUUGGAUUUGUCCUCAAGAGUGAUAGGAAAGGUGGACGAAAUUCUAGGAAGAUUAGACGAUGUCCAUGCAACGAUCAGGCUAGAAAAUCCGUCUGGUACUUUGAAGAGGGGGGAGACCUUACUUUCAUAUGUAGAUAAGUUUAUUCCGAAAAAGAGAUUUCUGCCUAGAGAGGAGGUCGAAAAAAAGAAAGAGGAAACAGACCGCAAGAAGUCCAAGUUUAGAAAAGAUCAAAGAGCCGAAAGGGGAAAGCCUGGAGCUUUUAAGGAAAAACAGAGACUGCACGGUAGGAAGACUAACAACAAGUGGGCCUCCAGGCAAAAUGGAAAGAAGCAGGAAUUCGGGAAGGAUAAUAGGAGAAGAAAAUGGGAUUCUAGCAGGAGCAACCGUAACGAUUAA